CCCGCUUGACGUGGCCCGUCCCCGCUGUCGCUCUCCGGGCUCCGCUCUGGAUUUACAUACCCCGAUUUCCGUGGGGCCGGGAAGCGAAAGAAGAGGGUGGCGAGCUAUUCAGGAACCGAGGAAACCGACGCUCACGUUACGACUUGACAAAUUCCAACUUUUAGCCCUCGCGUCGGUUCUUUCGCGUCGUCCCGACCCGCGACGGAGUAACGUCCACGCGACUCCCCCCCCCCCCCCCCCGCCGCCGCUGGACUUUUGCUCCUCUCUCUCUCGCCUGGAGAAGGGCCGGAAGGUCCUCGGAGAAGUUCUGGGGAAGCAGCUUGGGAGUUGAGCCCGGUUUUCCGAAGGGGCUGUGGCCAUGGCCAUGGCCGGGGGUGGAGGGGGUGGAGGCGUUGGUGUUGGUGGAGGUGUUUCACCGUUGGGGCCCGCACCGCCGACGUGGUAUCACCGGGACUUGAGUCGGGCGGCCGCCGAGGAGCUGCUGGCCCGGGCCGGGAGAGACGGCAGCUUCCUGGUGCGGGACAGCGAGAGCGUCAACGGGGCUUACGCUUUGUGUGUCCUGUUUCAGAAGCAUGUCCACACAUACAGAAUCCUCCCUGACGAUGAAGGAUUUCUCGCAGUACAGACAUCUCAGGGCGUGCAGCCCAAGCGGUUCAAGACGUUGCUGGAGUUGGUGUCGUUGUACCUGCAGCCCAGCCAGGGUCUGGUCAGCACGCUGCUGUACGCGGUGGAGAGGGAGGAGGCCGCGGUCAGCGACGACCGCGACUAUUCAGACGGGGAGGAUGAGAAGCCGCCGCUGCCCCCUCGCUCCGUCUCCAGCUGCCCCCCACCUGGACCAGACACACCAACAGAGAGUGCUCCAGCAGCUAAUGGCCUCAGCACCAUCUCCCAUGAGUACCUGAAGGGAAGCUACGCUCUGGACCUGGAGGCGGUAAAACAGGGAGCCUGCUCCCUGCCUCACCUCAAUAAGACGCUAUUGGCCUCCUGCAAAGGCCUAAAUGGGGAGGUGGAUAAAGUUCUGUCGGGUCUGGAGAUCCUGUCUAAAGUUUUUGAUCAGCAGAGUUCAUUCAUGGUCUCCAAGAUGAUCCAACAGUCGGUGAAUCAGGGUGGAGACCAGGCGUUGGAGAACCUUGUGACCAAGCUGGCAAUUCUCAAAGACCUGCUGUCCUCCAUAGAGAAGAAGGCUCUGAAAACUCUCCAGGAACUGAGUUUGUCGCCAUGCUCCCUCCCUCCUCUUUCCAUGCGUCACAGCAAAGCCAUCCCUGUGCAGGCCUUUGAGGUAAAGCUGGACAUGUAUCUGGCAGAGCUGACGAAGAUAGGAAAGAGUCAGAAGUACACUCUGUCUGUGGACGUGGAGGGGGGGCGUCUGGUAGUGAUGAAGAAGGUGAAGGACAGCCAGGAGGACUGGACCACCUUCACGCACGACAAAAUCCGUCAGCUGAUCAAGUCUCAGCGAGUGCAGAAUAAACUGGGCAUUGUCUUUGAGAAGGAGAAGGACAAGAACCAGAGGAGAGACUUCAUCUUUGCCAGUGCUAAGAAACGGGAGGCAUUUUGUCAGCUGCUGCAGUUAAUGAAGAACAAACAUUCCAACCAAGACGAGCCAGACAUGAUUUCCAUCUUCAUAGGCUCCUGGAAUAUGGGCUCGGUGCCGGCGCCCAAGUCUCAGGCCUCGUGGGUGUUGUGUCGCGGUCUCGGGAAAACUCUCGACGAGAUCACGGUCACCAUCCCCCACGACCUUUACGUGUUUGGAAGCCAAGAAAACUCUGUGUGCGAUCGUGAAUGGGUGGAGUCACUGCGCGCCAUGUUGAAAGAACAGACCGAACUGGAUUACAAACCGAUCGCAGUGCAAACUCUGUGGAACAUAAAAAUUGCUGUGUUGGUGAAACCGGAACACGAGAACCGGAUCAGCCACGUGGGAAUGUCCAGCGUCAAGACGGGCAUCGCCAACACGCUGGGUAACAAAGGAGCUGUGGGCGUGUCCUUUAUGUUCAACGGGACAUCUUUCGGCUUUGUGAACUGUCACUUGACGUCAGGGAAUGAGAAGAUUGCCAGGAGGAACCAGAACUACCUAGAUAUCCUCCGCCUGCUGUCGCUAGGAGACAAACAGCUGAGCUCCUUCGACAUCUCGCUGCGCUUCACACACCUCUUCUGGCUGGGAGACCUCAACUACAGGCUGGAUAUGGAUAUACAGGAGAUUUUAAACUACAUCAACAGGAAGGAGUUUGAGCCCCUGCUGAAGGUGGACCAGCUCAACCUAGAGAGAGAGAAGAACAAAGUCUUCCUACGCUUUGGGGAGGAAGAGAUCUCGUUCCCACCCACCUACCGCUAUGAACGUGGCUCAAGGGACACGUACGUCUGGCAGAAGCAGAAGGCAACUGGGAUGAGGACGAAUGUUCCAUCCUGGUGUGACAGGAUCCUGUGGAAGUCGUACCCAGAGACACACAUUGUCUGUAACUCCUAUGGCUGUACGGACGAUAUAGUGACCAGUGAUCAUUCCCCUGUGUUUGGUACCUUUGAGGUGGGGGUGACCUCCCAGUUUGUCUCCAAGAAAGGUCUGCCGAAGACGUCAGAGCAGGCCUACAUUGAGUUUGAGAGCAUUGAGGCCAUUGUGAAGACGGCGAGCAGGACCAAGUUCUUCAUUGAAUUCUACUCUACGUGUCUGGAAGAGUUUAAGAAGAGCUACGAGAACGACAGUCAGAGCAGCGACAACGUCAACUUCCUGCGCGUGGGCUGGUCCAACAAGCAGCUAACGACGCUUAAACCUCUUCUCUCGGACAUCGAGUACCUCCAGGACCAACAUCUGCUGCUCACAGUGAAAUCCCUGGAUGGAUACGAGUCCUACGGAGAGUGUGUGUUGGCUCUGAAGUCUAUGAUUGGCAGCACAGCACAGCAGUUCCACACCUACCUGUCCCACCGGGGCGAGGAAACGGGGAAUAUAAGGGGGUCCAUGAGGGUCAGAGUCCCUUCCGAACGAAUGGGAACCAGGGAGAGACUCUACGAGUGGAUCAGUGUGGACAAGGAUGAGACGGGGGGGCCUAAAGGGAAAUCCACUUUGGUAUCCAAAGUGGGGCAUGAAUACGUCAAGCCGCAUGUAGUUCGGAAACAGGUUGGAGAACUCGGGAAAGUGAGUGAGGAAGGAGAAAGGACCAGCAAAGAGGAAACUGCUGCAAGACUCAAACAGGAGGCACCAGACGGUGACCCGUCGAUCUGCAAGAACAGCUACAAUAAUCCCGCCUACUACAUCCUGGAGGGCGUUCCCAACCAGUCGGCAGCUGCUCUUUCUCCUGAGCUCCUCCCGUCUCCUACCUCCCCAAACCCGCAGGUAGCUAAAGCCCCCCCUCCUCCCCCGGCCGGAGCUCGCACGAAACCGUCGUUUGCGGCCUCGGGGCCCUCUCACCCGCGCAAACACGUGAUGGGUCACGCGGUCCGCGCUAUUAGCGAGGAGGGCUCCUCGGAGGACGACGGAGGCGCCUGUGUGGCAGGAGCGCAGGGGGGCGGUGUCGGAGUGACGGUUGGAAGCACACUGAACCGACCUCCUCCCGACUUCCCCCCUCCUCCCCUCCCUAAGGGAGCCCUGGAGAUGGGCGCAGAAUCCCCCUUCUCCAAACCCCGCUCCAUUUACCCGGACCUAGCUGAGGUCAGGAUCCCGGCAGCCAGCCAUGCUGCCCCGCCGGGCCUCGGGGAGGGUUUUAGACGAGGCGGAGGAGGAGGAGCUGGACCGUUGGACGACCAGUCGUGUUCCGUCCUCCAGAUGGCGAAGACGCUGAGUGAGAGCGAGUUUCCCGGGCAGCCCGCCCGCGCUCCGUCGGCGCCGCCGCCCCUCAGAGGGCAGCCGAUGGGUUCGGGUCUGGACGCCUGCCGCACCUUCCCGCCCAGAAAUGCCAUCACGGAGAGCAUCGCAGAGGACAUGCCCGAGGAGGCGCUGUGGGGCAGCAGUAGUUCGUCCUUGUCUGUUGGGGAGUCGUCAGUGGGGGAGUGGCUGCAGAGGCUGGGACUGGAGAGGUAUGAGCCGGGCCUUCUGCACAACGGCUGGGACGACCUGGAGUUCCUCAGUGAUAUUACUGAGGAGGACCUGGAAGAGGCGGGAGUGCUCGACCCCGCUCACAAGAGAAUCCUGCUGGAGAGCCUCAAGCAGCAGCAGCAGCAGCAGCAGAAAUAAAACUCGGGUCCAAGAGGCUCAACCCCAGCUGAACUGAACUGAAACGUGCCAAAUGAUGCCAGACUGUGCCUUCCGAGUGAAAUUGCACUUUUCUUUUUUUUUUGUUGUUGAAAACACUUAGAACCACCAUCUUUUUCAGAUGUACUGUAGUGUGUGUUUUGUCGCAGAAGUGGCCUUAUUUAAAGAGAAUCAUUUCAGUCCUUCACGUCACACUACAUGACCUCGACGGGAUCCCGUUGUUUUUCUGGCCACAGAGAAUUGGAGAUGGGACGUGCGCGUCAAUGUCGUACCAUCACUUCCAGCAAGCUUCAGAGCUCGUCUUUCUGUGUCCUGAAAAACAACAAAUCAAGGGAAAGGAGAUUUCCAAAUUGAAAACUAAAUGAAAACUGAUUUUUAUGGGAAAUAAGGGGCCCUGUCUCUGUUUUGUUCCCCCAAUAAUGGUCACAUUUGGGGACACUAAAUGGGAUUUUUGGGAGAGCACUGAAGGGUGGUGUCAGCACGCAGCUGGUUAGGCCGGGCCUGUGUCAAGAUAAAGCUAAGUCAACUUGCAAUUCUCAUAUGUUGUACUUUUGUCAUGAUGUGUGGGCCGACGUUGUUUAAAUGGUGGCAACCAUCGGCUCAGUGUCUCUGCACAUAUUUAUGGUUUUAUUUUUAAGGAUAAAAGGGAAUACGUGGAGCAAACCAACCCAACCGGUCCCGGUGGAACUAAGAGUGCUUGUUUUGCUGUGGUACAACAUUCACCUGUCAGCCCUCAGCACCUCUGCAAUGUGAUCAGUUCACACUCAACACCAACAGUUCAGCUUUUUUCAUGAAGCCUGCCCAUUGUGACAAGUUGAUUGCAUUGUUGGAAGAUGAGAAUUUCAUUUUAGAAAUCUGUAAACACAUAAGUGCAUAAGGCUUUAUGUCAAUACAAUUUUACAUGAGGUAAACUGAAGGUUUUAUCCAGCACAUUUACUAUUUUCACCCUUUUGUUGUCCAUGAGGAUAUUAAAAUGACAUUGAUAGAAGACGGACAUUAUUUUAACACGUCUGUCCUUAAUUUCUCUUUUAAUUGUUUUAACGGAAUGGUUGGCUUGGCUAAACACAUGAACCAAUGAUAACGUUCUACAGACGAGUAUUUACUUAGCCAUCUUACUGUUGUCUUGGAAACCAUGACACCCUUUAAUACUGUCCGAGGAUUUAGCGGAUUUUAUUUUUUUUAUUUUCUUACAUGACACGUUGUAUAUUUAGUUCUGGUGGGAGAACAUGUCCCCUCCCAUGUUUCACACAUUGAAGGGUUGAAGGCUGAUGAUGUUCCCUCAUGUAACCAGCAGGUGGUGCUGCUUCUCCUUAAACCUCACCAGAAGGUUUCAUGCUGACUGAGCGGACUUUGUGGAAAAUGAGACGCAACCAAGUCGUGUUUAGUGAAAGAAGUUGUUUUGUUUGUGUAUUGUUAUUUAGCUGUUAACUCACUUGUAAGUGCUCACGUUGUUUUUAUUUGUUCUUAAUUUAAAUCCUGCCUCCUCCACUGCCUCUUAAGACGAGAGGCCAAACCGAUAAGCCAGUUUGUAGUCGCUGAUGUGAAAUCUCUGAACUCUCAAUGGAUGUGUUGUUUCAUUAUUGGGACUAAAUAUGUGUUCGUUUUGUUUCAAGUUUCAUUCAUGUUUUUCUCUCCUAGUUUUACUUGUGACAAAAAAAACCUUCCUUGAAUUACAUUGCUCACAUUCACACCUCUGCCAUGUUUUUGCUUGUGCGUAUUACAAGUUGUUUAAUUUUCUAACAGCCCAAAGGCUACGAUGCAGAGAAUUUGUGUGUCUGUGUGUCUCUGUUUGUCUGUAUGAGGGAGACGACACAUGCUCUUGUAUCUUAUUCCUUGGUGUAGUCACCUCUUUUUGGCUAUGUUAAGUUAAUGUAAGUUUUCCGUGACAUUUCUAUUUUAAUUUUUUUUAUUAAAAUCUAAUACUUUCCAAGUU